AGCUGCUCGAGGGUUGCCCAGCUGCGGGGUGAGGGGAUGGCUUCCAACGGCGUCUUCGAUUCCUUCGCUGCCUACUCCUCCACUUUCCUGCGCGAUCCGAGCACCAGCAGGCGCUUCACACCCCCCUCCACGGCGUUCCCCUGCGGUAAGAUGGGAGAGAACAGCGGGGCGCUGGGGGCCGCCGCCGCGGGCGGUCGGGCGCGGCCCGAGGUGCGCUCCGUCGUGGACGUGCUGGCGGAUCACGCCGGCGAAUUGGUGCGCACCGACAGCCCCAACUUCUUGUGCUCCGUGCUGCCGUCCCACUGGAGGUGCAACAAGACGCUGCCCGUCGCCUUCAAGGUCGUGGCGCUCGGAGACGUCCCCGACGGGACAGUGGUGACGGUGAUGGCAGGGAACGACGAGAACUACUCCGCGGAGCUCCGCAACGCCUCCGCCGUGAUGAAGAACCAAGUGGCGAGAUUUAACGAUCUCCGAUUCGUCGGGAGGAGCGGCAGGGGAAAGAGCUUCACCCUGACGAUCACGGUGUUCACCAACCCCACCCAGGUCGCUACGUACCACCGAGCCAUUAAAGUCACCGUAGAUGGACCCCGGGAGCCACGACGGCACAGGCAGAAGUUAGAAGACCAAACCAAACCCUUCGCCGACCGCUACGGGGAACUGGAGCGGCUGCGCCAGUCCAUGAGGGUCACCCCGACGACUCCCAGCCCCCGUGGAUCCAUCAGCACCCCGAGCCACUUCGGGUCGCAGGCUCAGACUCCCAUCCAAGGCACAUCAGAGCUGAGCCCCUUCUCGGACCCUCGGCAGUUCGACCGCUCCUUCCCCACGCUGCCAACCCUCACUGAGACCAGGUUCUCCGACCCACGGAUGCAUUACCCCGGCGCCAUGACAGCCACCUUCCCCUACACCGCAACGCCCUCAGCCACGGGCAUCGGGGGCAUCAGCAUGACCAGCAUGCCCACCACCGCGCGCUUCCACCACACCUACCUGCCGCCCCCCUACCCCGGCUCCACGCAGAACCAGAGUGGACCCUUCCAGACCAACCCCUCUCCCUACCAUUUGUACUACGGCACGUCGUCGGGCUCGUAUCAGUUCUCCAUGGUGGCGGGCGGUGAGCGUUCUCCCACCCGGAUGCUGUCUUCGUGUACGAGCGCCUCGGCGGGGAACAACUUAAUGAACCCCAACCUGGGCAACCAGAACGACGGGGUGGAUGCGGACGGGAGCCACAGUAACUCACCCACAACCAUGACGACUACUGGGAGGAUGGAUGAGUCGGUCUGGAGACCCUACUAGGAGGGGGGCGGUCGGGCAGCGACAGCUUCAACCGCAUCGGCCACCGUGACGUUACUCCUUCCGCAUCAGAACGAUGCCGGGGGAAAAGGUAAACCAAAGUCUCCCAAACCAAAAGCAAAGCAGGAGGAAUCCUCUGCACACAACCACGGGCGAACAUCAAGCAAAGCCGGGCCGGGACCUACGUUGCAUUUCAAGAUGAACAUCCGCAAGGCUUGAAUUUGUCGCUUGAUGUGGUUCCUUUCAUAUGGUUUUAAUAUGUGGAUUGUACAUAGGGACAAAGGAAAAAAAGAUGAGUGGGUUCAGAUGUUUGUUUACUGCCGAACGCUUCUCGGCCAUCUCACUUGCACCCUCAUCCCCACACAAAGCAUUCAGGAGUCAGGGAAAGCUCGCCCUCCUGCAGAGCGCUGCGGACACAAGAGCAGGAAAUCAUCCGAGCCACCUCUGUGCCGAAGCACAAAGACUGGACUGAAAAAUAAAAAGGACAAAAAAGGACAAAAAAAAAAAAGAAAGGAAAGAAACCUUUGUGUGCUCUCAUCCCCUCCCGGCAGAGCUGCGGGGCCGCGCUCCGGGUUACAGCACAGGUUAUGGGCUGUGUGUUCCUCGUGGGCCGGCGUCAGCCACGCGAACGGGAGCUGUGAUGGGGCUGUGAUUAUUCCUUGCCGACGACAGAGGUUGUAUUGAUCGUUUCUGUGCGUUGUCGUCGUUCUUUAAGCAGUGGCGUGGCUGACCCCGUGCCCGGCAGGUCCUCCCCCCUCCUCUAUGUUUACAUAAGAGAUGCCCUCCUUGCAAGAUGCGUGGUGCUUUGUUUGCUCCCUCGCCCUGACCUCACCGUUCAACCCUUUGCUCCUCCUAGCAGAUCUCAGCGACGAUGAUGAUGGCGGUGUGUGAAGUGAAGUGAAGUGAAGUGAAGUGAAGUGAAGAAGUGAAGGCGGUGCUGGGGGCGAUCCGAGGGGCGUGAGAUGCACUUCCCAGCUCGUUAGCUGCCGUGGGGCUGGGAGCCUUUGGCACCGCGCUGCCGUGGGGCUGCGGGUCCUCCUUCCAUCCUUGCUGAGUGCCGACACACACAGAGCUGGGGGCAAAGCGCCCUCCUUCUGCUGUGAUCCCUCCCUGUGUUUGCACCCGGGGUGGACCGACGCACGACGGCGUGUUUUGUUAACAAGCAGCCGACGCUCAUCGGUGCAGCGCCAACUGCGGCCUGGAGAAAGGAGCGCCUCCUGCUCAGCCCCUCUGAUGGUGGGAAUGCCAAUGGAGCGAUGCCAGCUGUCAUUCCGCAUCCCCUCCUGUCCCCCACGUGUCCCGGAGCGCCGCUGUCCGCUCAGCAGCUGAAGGACCACCGCUCAGAGUCGCUGCGGAACCACUGAGGGCUCUGCCGGAGCCCCACCGCGCGCCGCGGUUCCACCCAUCCCCACCGGAGCUGUCGGUGGUUGGACACGGUGACCUCAGAGGUCCCUUCCGACCUUAAAGACCCCACAGCCCGCACUGCGCCUCUUUGCGCACAGCCGUAGGAAAACGUGAGCCCGGCGGCCGCCCUCCCAUCCUUCCCUGCUGAAUUCAUGCCCUUACGGCCCGCAACGCCUCCUGCCAAAUCUGUCGGUAGCUCAUCAGCAGUCAGUUCUAAUUGCACUACCGCGUAGAGACGGGAGCAAGGCGUCCCCACGCAGCGGGGAAGCUGCGAUGACCACUCAGCCAAUUAAACACACAACAGGAGAAACAGCUCCUCGUUGAGAUUCAGCCCCCCCAAAAAAAACAUCCCUUCCCCAGCAAAGCUGCAACGUUAACCCACAGCGGGCACCCCUGGGUGCUCCCAGCCGGAGAACCUGGACCGGAGCAGCCUGUGUUUGGAUGCAUUGGCGUUGGUCAUCCGAUCGCACCACGGAUCUGAAGGCACAAGCAAACGAGGUGUCUGUAGGACUAGCUUAAUUGAAGGCUGUUGGCGGUGAGUUACGAGUGGCAGCGGCGGUGUUGUUAUGACAUAUUGUCAUAUGAAGGCGUGAAUAUACGCACCUCCAUGGUAUGCAGAUGGUCACCAGACAGGCCAACGUUUUUUGCUUUGCACUAUAAUUUGCUUUUUUUUUUUUUUAAGGAAAAAAAAAAAAAGAAAGAAAAUGCACAAUUGCUUGUACAGUAUAAAGCCCUUCGUCCAGCUCAAAGAAUAUUUAACUAUGAGAUCUAAUUUUUGGUCGUAUUUGUUAUAAUAAUAUAAUUCUUAAACGUGUUGAAGGAUCCGACUCUUAAGAGUGCUUCUGAUGGGCGAACGUGCGGGGUGGAAGGGCAGCAGAGAGCCGAGCAGAUGAGAACAGAGACUGCUGGAGGUAAAGAAGGCCAAACCUGUCGUGUUUCGUCCCUUCGUGGAGUCUCACACCGGACGUUAAAAUAGGAGCAAUGCUGGCGAUGCCAAUCGGUGCGGCGGUUGCGCGACGUGCCGGCCCUACUUGAAGGCAAUGCCCUCUAUUUAAUAUGUAGCCUUUCAAACCUGUAGCACUCAUCACUGGGGUGGGGGGGGGUCGGGGGGGCGGGGGUGGGGGGGAGGGGGGGCUGCUCCCGGUGAAGCCAUUGGGGCCGUCGCUGCUGCGUUGGCUCCCUGGGGCCGGACGGGGUCCUCCCCACCGUCGGUACGAAGCCACAGCGAAGCGGUCGGUUCUGCUUUUCCAUUCUUAUCCGCUGUACAUGGUUAUACUGCCAGGCCUCUGUGUAAUCGUUUCCAUGGUUUUCCACGCGGGGUAAUAAAGGCGGGUUGCAGGUUC